CGGCGGUCAAACGUCACUUCCGCCCGACGGCCUGAAAAUGCAGGCGGCCAUGUUUUAUUAGCGAACACACACACACAAUCGCAGUCGCAGUGGUUUGUUUAUGCUGUGAAGUGUGGAUAUUUUCCUUCCACCGAAAUCUCAUUUUUCUCUCCCGGUUUAUUCGAGGUGAAAGCGCGACGAUGAGCGGUGGCACGCCGUAUAUCGGCAGUAAAAUCAGCCUGAUCAGUAAAGCGGAGAUCCGUUAUGAAGGCAUUUUGUACACCAUCGACACUGAAAACUCCACCGUCGCGCUCGCUAAAGUGCGUUCCUUUGGCACUGAGGACCGUCCCACCGACCGGCCCAUCGCACCUCGAGAUGAGACCUUUGAGUAUAUUAUAUUCAGAGGAAGUGACAUCAAGGACUUGACUGUCUGUGAACCACCAAAACCGACAUGCUCUCUGCCUCAGGACCCGGCCAUUGUUCAGUCCUCUUUGGGAUCUUCCACUGCUCCUCCAUCAUCCUUCCAGUCUGGAAACUCCUACGGGCUGUUCAACCGUCCGCCAGUCGCACCAUACACCCAGUUCAACCCUUCCCCGCUGGUCUCACCACAGUUCGGCACCGUUGGAGUCGGAAGUGCUUUGGGAUUGUUUGGUAGUGAAACUGGCAGUGCCAUUUCCUCUGCUUUCAUCAGUGACAAUCUGUGUGGGUUCAUAGCAGAAGGGAGCACCAGUCCGGCUCUCGACUCUCUCAGGAAAAGCCCACCAGUGGAGUCUGCCGUCCCAUCAGCCCCUGUGGUCUCCUCCACCCUUGCUGCGCCAGGAUUGGGCCGCAAGAGUCCUGUUUCCACUCGCGUGGCCUCCACCAACACACAGAAACAUGUGGAUCUGACGGAGCAAACCAGAGGCACUGAUGUCCCAACAGUGAGCGCACCAGAGUCCAGUCAGUCCAGAGGAGGAAGCAAAGAUGCCUCUAAACGGCUCGCAGCUGGUGGUCCUCCUGCUGCUCGGCGUGGCCGCGCUGGAGCUCACCGCGGUCGGGGUCGGUUCCCCGUACGCAGAGAAGGACCCAUGAAGUUUGAGAAGGACUUUGACUUUGAGAGCGCCAAUGCUCAGUUCAACAAAGAAGAGAUCGACAAAGAGUUCCAGAGCAAACUCAAGCUGAAAGAUGAGAAGCCGGAGAAAGCUUUGAAUGGAGAGGAUAAGGCAGAUUCUGGCGUCGACACUCAGAACAGUGAAGGAAACGCUGACGAGGAGGAUCCUCUCGGGCCAAACUGCUACUAUGAUAAAACCAAAUCAUUCUUUGACAACAUCUCCUGUGAUGAUACCAGGAAGGCAGCCGAGAGGUCCGGAGGGUCGUUUUUCCCCCGACAGCACAGGCAGACCUGGGCGGAGGAGCGGCGGAUGAAUGCGGAGACGUUUGGGCUGCCGUUACGGCGGGGCCGCGGAGGGUACAGGGGCCGUGGAGGCAUGGGAUUCAGAGGGGGCCGGGGCCGCGGAGCUGGACGGGGCUCGUUUGGGCCGCACCCUGGCUUCAGAGGCGGAUACAGAGGAAGUCAAGGAGGAAGAGAAUUUGCUGACUUUGAGUACAGGAAGGAAAACAAAAUUGCCGUGUAGUGAUCACAGGAGGUGGCUCGGAAGACCUGACUUGCAUUGAACCGCAUCUUGGGUCUCAAGAAGGAGAUAAACGUACGUGUUGUAAAUCUGUCACCAGCACUGGGUUUGACUGCUUGAAACCUGUAUGUGAAUCAAACCUCUGCUCCGUUUCUUCUUCCAAAGGAGUGGAACUGAUGCAAUUUCUUUGAAUUGUUAAUGCGAGUAUAACAUAUCCAGACGGUUUCAAAAGUACUAUGAUUUCUACAGGACUUCCAUACUCGACCCGAAUUUGAUAUACUGCUGCUUACAGCUAACCGAUUAGCUAGGACAACAUAUUGUGAUGAUUUCGAUCACUGAAUGAGCUUUAUUUUUGACUUGUUUUGCUAUAAAGUAUCUUACAGUGUGCUUAGCAUCAAAAUAGACCCUCUUGAACUCAGUAUCAUAUUUUUCUAACGUAGUUUCAUUUUACAGCCCCCGACGUCAUGCUUCAUGUAGUAAAUAAGGAUGUUUUUAAAAGAAUAUAUAUAUAAACGUGGUAUAUCUGACUUGGAAAUAUGAUGUUUAUAGUGAUAUUCCUCAUCAGGACAAGCUAAUAAAGAUGUGUCAGUAUUGAACGUAAGGACAUUUUAGAUUUAAUGGAAAAUCGCAGCCGUUGUCGGGGAAAGUUUUGAAUAUAUAAAGUGGCACAAUUUAAAAUGACACGACGUGGUCGACAAAUGCGAAGUCACCUCAGCGAUAUGUUUAUAUAUUAUGUGGAUUAUGUUGUGAGGUACACUUUGCGGUAGCUCUUUGUAGCAGACAUUUGCUGUCGUGUGAAUGUCCGAUCUUUACUAACGAACAUAAUGCUACUCUGUGAAUCUACGCAAAUCUAUGCUGCAGUUACUUUGAUGCAUUCUUUACACUUUCUGAGCUUCGCUGUUAACAAUUCACAUCAUGAAACUGGUCAAGCGAAAUGGACACAAUUGCGCAGAGCUUAAAGCCUGCUGGGAGAUGAGUACUUGCGAUUAUUUUUAUUUAUAUAUAUAUAAAUAUAUAGUUAAAAUUUUUCAAUAGCACUACUUCCCAGUCCAUUAGUUUAUAUAGUGUUAAAUCUGCAAUGUGACUGAACACACAGUCAAACAGGGGAAACUAGCCUGUGUACACUGAGCCUAAAGCUCGCUCGGAAGUGAGUACUUACGAUUAUUGUACAAGAUAUUUGACGAAUGAUUAUAUUUAGUGGUUAGAACUGUUAUUUUCCUUGAUGGAGCUUCACCACUGACACUUCACAUUUUAAUAUUGAUCUAAUAAAAUUGACAUCUGCCCUUUCUAGACCUUGUUUGUGAAGUGAGUACUUGCGAUUAAUUUAGAUUGAGGAACAAUUGCUUUGUUAGGUUUAGGUUGGUUUCUUUUGUUAUUCGAUGACUUUACUCGUAUCAUAAAACUGAUCAUGUAAAACUAGCAGCCUAGAGCUCACUUGGAAGUGAGUACUAGUGAUUAUUUCACAAGAGAACUGAUUCAGUAGCACUACUUUCACAUUUAAUUUGUUUACUUUGAGUUGUAUUCGUAAUUAGACAGAGAACGCUGGAACUUCACCACUAGCACUUUUACAUAUUAACAAUGAUCUAAUGAAACAAACUGAGACUAGUGUCGCUGGGAAGUACUUACGAUUAUUGUUGAAAGAUAUUUGCUGAGUUGUUGUUUUUAGUGUGGAUGGCUUCAUUUUUGACUCCGUAGUGGAGAUUUACCACUAACAAAUUAAAUCCGAUCAUGUAAAUCUGGCAGCCUAGAGAUCACUGGAAAGUGAGUACUCGUGAUUAUUUUGCCAAAUAUUUGAGAAGCGAUUCAAUAGCCCUACUUUGUUCAGGUUAUUUUGCAUUUUAUUUGUAAUUGAAGUACUGCUGAAUCUUCACCACUGACUUUGCAUUUUAAUAGUGAUCUAGUAAAAUUUACAUCUGCCCUUUCUAGACCUUGUUUGGGAAGUGAGUACUUGCGAUUAUUUUAGAUUGAGGAACAAUUACUUUUAAUUAUGUUUAGGUUGGUUUCUUUUGUUACUCUAUGAAGGCGCUUCCCCACUAACUACUCGCAUUAUAAAACCGAUCAUGUAAAACUAGCAGCCUAGUUAACCCUAACCCUAUUUCACAAGAUUUUUGAGAACUGAUUCAGUAGCACUACUUUCAAAUUUAAUUUGUUUACUUUGAGUUGUAUUCGUAAUUAGACAGAACAUUGAAGCUUCACCAUUAGAGCUUUUACAUAAUAACAAUGAUAUAAUGAUACCAACAUGAAAAUACUGAGCCUAGUGUCGCUUUGAAGUACUUAUGAUUAUUGUACAAGAUAUUUGAUGAACUAUUAUUUUUAGUGGAUGGUUACCCUUGUGACUCAGUAAUGGAACUUCACCACUGACACUUAGCAUUUUAAUACUGAUCUAAUAAAAUGUACAUCUGCCCUGUCUAGAGCUUGUUUGGGAAGUGAGUACUUGCGAUUAAUUUAGAUUAAUCAUCAAUUACAUUCAUUGGAUUGUUUAUUUUGUGACUCCGUAAAGGAGCUUUACAAUUACCUAUUCACAUCAUAAAACCAGUCACAUAAAACUAGCAGCCUAGAGCUCAAUGGGAAGUGAGUACUUGCGAUUAUUAUUUUACAAGAUUUGAGAACUGAUUCAGUAGCACUACUUUCACAUUUGAUUUGUUUACUUUGAGUCAUAUGACGGAAGGAUGGAGAUUCACCAUUAACAAUGAUCUAAUGAAACCGACAUGAAUACACCAAGCCUAGAAAUCACUGGAAAGUGAGUACUCAUGAUUAUUUUGCCAAAUAUUUAAGAAGCGAUUCGAUAGCCUUUAUUGUUCGGGUCAUUUUGCAUUUAAUUUGUAAGUUGAAGUAAUGCUAAAUCUUCACCACGGACGCUUCGCAUUUUAAUACUGAUCUAAUAGAAUUUACAUCUGCCCUUUCUAGACCUUGUUUGGGAAGUGAGUACUUGCGAUUAAUUUAGAUUGAGGAACAAAAAUUGACAUCUACCCAAUCUAGAACUUGUUGGGAAGUGAGUGCUUAUGAUUAAUUUCCAAGAUUUUUGAGCAACUUAAUUUUCAGUGGAUGGAAUCCUUUGUGACUCAGUGUUUGAUCUUAACCACUAACAAUUCACAUCAUGAAACUGAUCAUGUAAAACUAGCAGCCUGGAGCUCACUGAUAAGGGAGUACUUGCGAUUAUUUCACAAGAUUAACAAGACGCUAUUCGGUGGCACUGUUUUCCCAGUCGAUUAGUUUCUUUUUCCUUUCAUUUUUAAUGUGAUCGGAUGCUGGCGCUUCAAUGCUAACAAUUUACUCAAAAAAAGAAUCAAUUUAAACUAGCGAAUGUACACUGAAGCAAGCGAUCGCCGCAAAGUGAGUACUUGCGAUUAUUUCACACGAUAUUAUGAAACCUUUUUCCCAGUUGAUUAGUUUCUUUUGCGUUUCAUCUGUGAUGUGAUCGAAAGCUGGAGCUUCAGUGCUAACAAUCCACUUAAUAAACAAAUCAAUUUAAACUAGCAUAUGUUCACUGAGGCUAGCGCUCUCCCUAAUGUGAGUACUUUUGAUUAUUUAAGAGAUAUUAUGAAAUCCCAGCGAAUUGUUUCCAGUGCUUUCUAUCUGUAAUGACGCUAUGCUGGAGCUUCACCGCUUACAAUUCACAUCACAAACCAAUCAAGCGAAGCUAGCAUGGAUGCACUGAUUCUAGAGUUAACGGGAAAGUGAGUAAUUGCGAUUUAUAUUGAGAUAUUCUUCCCAGUGGAUGGUUUCUUGUGCUUUCGAUCUGUAAUGUGACGGAACGCUGGACCGCUGAGAAGCCAGAUUGUGUUGUGUACAUUAAUGCUAGCGCUGUUUAGCUUUACUCCAUCUCUCCCUGCUUAUCUAAUGCACACCGCGUGCACUAGCAUGAUGACCUUUCAACCUCAUGCAGCUUUACCUGACCUGUACAUGCAAUGCCGCAUUCACACCUGUCGAUUUUAUGGUCUUAUUUUCAUGCAAGCUCAUUUCUGCCACAGGAUUAAUUUAAAAAAUAAAGUUAAUUGCAACUUUUUAACUCUCUUAUUACAACAACUUUGCCUUCAAAUUGUAAAUUUAUCGUCUCUCAGAAAUGAAUGUUUAAAUUGUUUGUCUAUAAACUCCUUAUCAGGAGAAAUAUUUGCAAUAUCUUAACAAUUACUCACAAUCUCAGAUCUCACAAUUCUCAAAAAUUAGUUACAGCUCCCUAAAUCAAAACUGUGUGGGAAAAUGUCGCAAUUACCUUUAUUUUUUUAAUGCUUUAUUGUGUGGUGGAAGGAAGCUUUCAUAGUUUUUCAUGUGGAGGAUUGAUGUAAUUUUUGAGGACUAAUGCCGCUGAAGUCGAAGGUUGGCGAGUUAUUUGAUUAUGCAUUCACUUGGUGAUGAAAUCACUGCAGGAAUGUCUUUGUUCUUUGUUUGUUUGAACUGUUGGGAUGUUUUGGGAAGUUGAAAUCUGAAAUAAAGUAGUUUUUCUAAAAAUUAUUUAAGUAUGAUUCUGUAUGAUUUAAAUAAAAACAUUUACAAUUCGGAAAUUGUGUUAUAUACAAACUUUUCAAGCUCUAAAAUUUCAAGAGAACAAUUUUAUUCAGUAAUAAACAUUUAAUAAUUAAAUGUAUCCAUCAUAAUAUCGUAAAGAUUUCGAGAACGGUCUGGCUGCAGAUUUCCACUUGCACUUUUAGGCUUGCGCUCUCGGACUUGGCACCUACACUUCCUCUGCAAAUGACGUCAUUUACAAUCGAGACCUGCACUCUCCUGUCACGUCACUUACAAUCCACACAAACCUGAAGCAAGUUUCUAAUUCGUUUGCGUUGCUAGUGACGAUGUUGUCAAGUAUUUCCAAGUACUUAAGUUGUAUACCAUGACAGCCCCCCGAACGGUUCGUGUAUUCAUACGAUUACAAUACUUUAAUGUAAAUUCACCAAAGCAGGCUACCAUUAACAUUCAAACAGCAAAGCUUAUUAUUUAUUUAUAUAAGACUUGGGGAAACUAUUCCUUAUUCAGCAGCUCCCAGGACGAUUGCAAACAGGGGUUCGUUUGCAUAAAACCGUUUAAUAAAUUAACUAUACGUGUCUGCGCAGGAGUGCAUUCAUAUGAAAUCGCCGUUUUAGUGUUGCUUCAAAAGUCUCUACAUAAUCUCAGCCCAGUUUUAUAGGUCGCGAUCAACUCGAUAAGGGAACGUCUCGACUCGCUUAAUGGAAAGAAAGCGGCACAGAUGAUGUGUAACAUUACUGCAAAGCUGUUAAGGCAAGCAUUCGUGGUUCCUUAUGAUCUGUUUACGUAACUAUAGUAACUGCAGCACCCGUCGCCGUAUGUGGCCAGAAACUACAGUGAAAUGCUACAGUGAAAAGGGUGACAGAUUAGAAGUUUGUUGCAACCAUCUUAAUGAAAGCCCUUAUCUCAGGGGUUUUUCCCCCUCAGGGACACCCUUACGUUAAUUACUGAAGGACUUUCAUGCAAGCGGCCGCCGGUGUUCAUUGUAAAUUACGUCACUUGCUGAGAAAGCGCGGGUGCCUGAGCGUGCAAGUCCGAAAGUGCAAGUGCAAAUCUGCAGCCAGACUCUAUUGCAGAUUUCACUUUGUAAUUAUUUUUUUAUGAUAAAUUUGUUGUUUUUGUUAAAAGUUUAGUUUCUUCUUUUAUUUCCCCAAUAUUUUUAUUUAAUGAAGCUUUUCUGGUUUCACUCAUGUAAAUUCCAGCUGUGUGAUUAAGCGGUAUAUAUUCACAUGUAAAUGGGAAAUUGCAGCAUGCAGGUCUUGAUACAGAACUUCAACCUUUAGCAAUGCUUGAGGCAAAAACUGUUUUGGAAAUUAAUUUGAUCAAACACAGAUUCCUUCUGUCAGGCCGGACACUCUUUCCUCCUGAACCUCAGCAUGAAGAUCAGCUCACAACUACAUGUAAAGGGGUUUUUACCAGAUGCACCAAUAAACCGUUUACUAUCUGC